AUGGAUUGGCGCGAAGGCAAGUUGGGGUGUGAGCUACAGCUUGGAGAGACGGUCCGUGAUGCGCGGUGGCUACACAAUAACCAGUUUUUCGCCGUGUCGCAAAAGAAACAUGUCUAUAUAUACGAUCGUCAGGGUGUUGAAGUACAUUGCCUGAGGAAACACCAAGAAGUCACGCAUAUGGAAUUCCUGCCGUACCACUUUUUAUUGGCAACCCUGGGAAUGUCGGGUUUUCUCAAGUACCAAGACGUAUCUACCGGUCAACUAGUGACAGAAAUACCGACGAAGCUCGGAGCACCAGUGUCUCUUACACAAAACCCCUAUAACGCCGUUUUACAUGCUGGCCACCAGAACGGAACUGUUACAUUAUGGUCUCCUAACUCACCCGAACCACUCGUGAAGCUAUUGGCGCAUAGAGGCCCCGUCCGGUCAUUGGCCGUGGAUAGGGAAGGCCGAUAUAUGGUAUCGGCAGGGCAAGAUUGCAAAAUGGCAGUUUGGGAUAUAAGGAUGUUCAAAGAAGUCAAUAGCUAUUUUACGCGACAACCCGCAUCGUCGAUCGCAAUAUCAGACCGAGGUCUCACCGCAGUAGGAUGGGGUACGAAGACGACAAUUUGGAAAGGCCUUUACUCUAAGCACGCUGCCGAACAGGAGAAGAUCCAGAGUCCAUACAUGGCCUGGGGCGGCGAGGGUAAGCGCAUCGAGCGCGUGCGUUGGUGCCCAUUCGAAGAUAUUCUAGGAUUGGGUCACGACGAAGGAUUUUCGUCGAUCAUUGUCCCUGGUGCCGGAGAACCUAACUUUGAUGCUCUGGAAGUCAAUCCAUUCGAAACGGGUAAACAACGACAAGAGACUGAAGUCAAGUCGUUAUUGAACAAGUUGCAACCCGAGAUGAUCGCGCUAGAUCCUAACUUCAUUGGAAACCUUGAUCUACGUUCUGAGCAGCAACGUCAAGCUGAGAAGGAUCUCGAUGCGAAACCCGUUGAUAUUGAGACAGAACUUAGGAAUAGGGCACGCGGAAAGAAUAGUGCGCUACGCAGAUAUCUACGAAAGCAACGAGGUAAGAAUAUUAUUGAUGAGAAGAGGCUUAAAGUUGAAGAACUCUGGAAGGAACAGCUACAGCAGCGGGGAGAAAAGCAAAAAGAAAAAGAGGUUGAGCUCGGCCCGGCUCUGGCAAGAUUUGCUAGAAAAGAUUAA